AUGAAGUUAAGAAACAAAAACUCGAGCAGGAGAUUUUUCAUGUUUUAUCUAAUGCUAACAUCAGUAUCGUUUUUGGGUUUGGUCUUAAGAUUUAAACCUCUGUUUCUACUCAAUCCCACGAUCAGUUCCCCUUCGAUAAUCGAGAUUCAUUAUUCUUUACCGGCUGUGCCGGUUAACCGUAGCCCAAGAUGGCUACGACUCAUCAAGAACUAUCUUCCGGAUAAAAAAAGGAUCCGAGUGGGUCUUCUCAACAUCGCCGAAAACGAGCAAGAGAGCUACGAGGCAACCGGGACGUCGAUUCUUGAGAAUGUCCACGUCUUGCUCGACCCUCUCCCGAAGAAUCUGACGUGGGAGAGUUUAUUUCCAGUCUGGAUCGACGAAGAUCACACGUGGAACACGCCGAUGUGCCCCGAGGUCCCUCUCCCUCAAGUGGAGGGUACCGCGGCUGAUAUGGACGUGGUCGUUGUAAAAAUGCCGUGUGAUGGUUUCUCCGAGAGUAAAGGACUGAGAGACGUGUUCAGGCUACAGGUGAAUCUUGCGGCAGCAAAGUUGGUGGUGGAGAGUGGGCGGAGGAACGUUGACCGGACGGUCCACGUUGUCUUCAUCGGGUCAUGUGAGCCCAUGCAUGAGAUCUUUAGGUGUGAUGAACGCGUGAGGCGCGUGGGGGAAUAUUGGGUGUAUAAGCCUAAUCUAAUGAAGUUGAAGCAAAAGCUUCUCAUGCCUGUUGGCUCUUGUCAGAUUGCACUAGAUCAAGAAGCAUGGAGACAACAGAAGAACGUAAGUCUCUCAUCAACAACCACAUUAUCAUCAUUACCUGCCCAACGUGUCGCCUACGUGACGUUGCUCCACUCCUCUGAGAGCUACGUUUGCGGAGCCAUAGCUCUAGCACAAAGCAUAAGACAAUCUGGCUCGAGGCAUGACAUGAUACUCCUCCACGACGACUCCAUAACCAACAAAUCCCGCAUUGGCUUAAGCCUUGCCGGCUGGAAACUACGGCGUAUAGAGAGAGUCCGUAGCCCUUUCUCCGAGAAAGAUUCUUACAAUGAGUGGAACUACAGUAAGUUACGUGUAUGGCAAGUAACAGAUUAUGAUAAGCUAGUGUUCAUAGACGCAGACUUCAUCAUCGCCAAGAAUGUUGAUUAUCUUUUCUUCUAUCCUCAACUUUCGGCCGCUGGCAACAACAGAGUCUUGUUCAACUCUGGAGUCAUGGUUCUGGAGCCAUCUGCUUGUCUGUUCGAGGAACUGAUGCAACAAUCGUUCAAGAUCAAGUCUUACAACGGAGGAGACCAAGGAUUCCUCAACGAAUACUUCGUGUGGUGGCAUAGGUUAUCGAAACGUGUAAACACGAUGAAGUACUUCGGUGAAGAAACCAAGAUAGGUCCAAAACGCAACCUCCCGGACAACUUAGAAGGGAUACACUACUUGGGGAUAAAGCCAUGGAUAUGUUACAGAGACUACGAUUGUAACUGGGACUUGACAACGCGGCGUGUGUACGCAAGCGAGUCUGUGAACAAGAAAUGGUGGAAAGUGUACGACAAGAUGCCUAAGAAGCUGCAACGUUAUUGUGGUUUGACUAGUAAGAUGGAUAAGAACAUUGAGAAGUGGAGGAAAGCCACAAGGGUUAAGGGUUUUCCUGAAAAGCAUUGGAGAGUUCAAGUGAGAGAUCCAAGGAAGAAGAACCUUGUUGAUUAAGUCACACUAAUAGCGUUUUUGGAGUUUGAUAGAU